GGUCUGUUCGUUCUUUAACACCAAUUUCUUCUUUUUAAGUCGUUUUUAAUGCAAAUUAUUUUCGUUUCUGUCUUUGUUGUUGUGAUACUCUCCCAAGAUAAAUUUAGGUCGGAAGGGGGAGUCUUUAAAAUUCUAGAAUGUGAUUGGACUAAAACUGGGACUUUCUGACGUCGGCGAACUCAUGUGACAGCUGUUCCCGCAAUUUCUCACAGAACCAAAACAAAACUCCAUGUUGGAUUGCUUAUAAUGUAAACAUUGACUAUUUCACCUGUAUUUUACGGGUUUAUCACGUUGUGAAUUGUGGAUACCCGACAGCAAACCGACAAAGAAGGCCUUGUUGGACGAUUGUUGCAAGAAUUAGCAAGAGCUGAGAGUUUGUCGACGACUGCGAGUGGCCGUGCAGUUACUACUGUUACCAACUCACUGAGUGCUGUUCAUUCUAGUCCAGGACUGGUCCUUGUAGCUUAUCCGCACCAAAGUUCGAAUCUUACACAUGUAAAUACACCAGAUAGUAGAGGAAGGCCACCACAGUACAGCAUACCAACAGCAACAUCUAGUCCCAGUGAACUGUGUCAACAAAACAUUAACAACUACACAGAGCAGAAACCGGCACAUUAUCAAGGACAAGGUGUCGGACAGGCAAGAGAAGUUGUUAGGGAGUUGCCUGUCAUAACACAAGCUGAAGAACCAGCUGUUAGUCCACCACCACUGUCGACAGCAACACGUAGACCGGGGUCGGAUCUAAUAAGACAGUUACUGUUGAGAAAUUUUACAGCAGAGAAACUUUUACAGUUUAGAUUGCAGCGACAACAACAAAUUCGUGAACAACAGCAACAGUUAUCUCCUACGACAUUACAGUCGAGUGGGCAACAACAGCUGAUAACACAAAAACAGGGAACGGAAGAGUUGAGUGUGCCACAGGGUAUUGUUCAGCAGGAACUACCUAGUCAGCAACAAAUUACAAAACUUCAGCAGCACGAAAAUAUAAGAAAACAGCUACUGCUUCUGCAGCAUACGAUAAAAGCUCAGCAGCAGCAAAGAGCUUUGCAGCAACAGCAGCAGCUUACAAGACAGUUCACAAACAUAAGUCAAGGAGGAAGCAACCAACAAACACCUACUGGCCAGUUCAGAAACUCUAGUCCGCAGUUUGAGCAAAGUACAGAUAAAAGUGGUGUAAAAGUCCCGUCGCACAUGACUGGUGGUAGGAUAGGGGCCAAGGAUAGGCCAAAAGAAAUAGCAGAGACAAUGGAGAGUGGAUUUACGACAGGUGUUGUUGACCAUCCACCAUAUAUAUACACCUGUGGAGACUUACCGCUAUCUACAGAUUUUGCUGAUGCUAGUAUUUACGCUUCAAGCCCUAAUUCUCUUCACAUAUAUGAACAAGAAAAACUAGACAUGCAAAGCACUAUGGGCAUAAAUACAACAUGCACAAGCAUGGAUACUGGGACUACAACUGAUGACUUUGAUCUGAAGGCUCAGUAUGAAGUGUCCCAAGACAUUAGUAGUUACCCGCUGACUGAUGUGUCAGCUACCGCUAGUCAGAACACUAUUUCUAGCAUGAUGCAAAAUGCAGGUGAGGUGUCGGUGUGGAGUGACAGUUUGAAACCCGCAAACCAGGAUUUGUAUAUUAAAGUUGAGUCACCAGAUGUGUCUGCACCAACUUUGGCAGAAUUGAACAUGAAUGUAGAUUUACUGGAUGACAUUGAAUCAUACAUAAACUUUGAGAUGAAUGUUAGUUCCAGUGCUCCAGAAACUAUUGUGAAGCAGGAACCAGGCCAUAUUCUGGAGAAAGAGCGGUCAUUUGAUCUGGUGGGGCAGGCUGGGGGCAGUGUUAAUCGUGUAUCGUCUACCAGUCGUGUUCAGUACACACCCAGUGUUGCUUCCAUGUCAGUUGUGAAAACAGAGCCAGUUGAGACAAGUGGAAGUUGUUGGGAGAAGUAUCAGAAGUCUUUCACGCCAAUGACUCCAGUAAAACCUGAACUUGUUGUGCCACAGGUUGUCACUGAGGCUAAAGCACCUCUGACCACCAUUAAGGAAAUUGACAUUUCAGACUUUACAACAUUGCAAAGACUUCUAAAUACACAACCCUCGCAGGCGAGGGUAAGUCGCAAGCGAACUGUUUCUGAGCCUCAGACUGUUGUGAAACCAGUAUCUCGUAAACGGUCUGUAGGAUCUGCUGGACUUGACAGCAUGGAGUUAAAGUGGGAGGAGAUAAAGCACUUCCUUCACAUGGAAACACAGAAUAUCGGAGGAGAAGUUCCUGCUGUUCCAACUGUCAAAAGGGAGAGAACUAGAUAUGAUUCAACAAGCUCUGUUAUGACCUUGACCUCCAAUGAAGAUGAUGAUUCAGACAGCGACAAAGACUUCGAUGAUGAUUCCGAUUCAGAUCUGGAGGGAGGACAUGACAUUGGUUCCCUAAGUCCUUCGGAGAGCCUCAUUGGUACCAAAGAAAAACAGUAUUUUUGGCAGUAUAAUGUCCAGUCUAAGGGCCCUAAGGGUACAAGGGUCAAAUUUGAGCUUGAAGAAGACCCUCAUGUACUGAAUGACUUUGAAGACCCUGUGUUCGGAUCAACAAGUACCGGGAAUCUUUCUGGUAUUGGGGUCUCUAUCAAGCAUGGAGGUAAAGCAAGAAAAGGGGAUGGGAAUGACAUUGUGCCGAGCCCCAAAAAGUUGUGUCAGAUAGGGCUGCAGUUACGUAAGAUAAACAAGCAGAUAAAUGACUUUGUUCCUCUUGGUGAGCUUCCGUCACAGGCCAGGAGUAAAUCAAGAAAAGAGAAAAACAAACUGGCUUCAAGAGCCUGUAGGUUGAAAAAGAAGGCACAGCAUGAAGCUAACAAAAUCAAGCUGCACGGUUUGGAGUUGGAGCACCGUCGUCUGCUAACUGUGAUACAUCUGAUCCGACAGAGGCUUUAUCAGCGCUUGAAGAAAAUGCCGACGGAUGACAAAAAGUCCAUGUCUGAGGUUCUUGAAGCUCUGAUUAAAGAACAUCUUGGUGAGAUGGUUGGUGGACAUACGACAGACUUUGUCAAUAGUGUUAUCCAUAAAGUGGAGGCAGGUGAUUGGAUGGGCGGUAUAUCGGUGCAUGCCACACGAUCAUAUCCUAAAGAACUGCAUAACUGAUGGUAACCAGGCAGAAAGUGGCUGUGUUAUUUGACAAUGUCUCAACUGAGUGUUUAAAUCAGUGCAUAAUUCUUGUGCAGUUAUAACUAAUGGCUGAUAUAUUGCAACUUGUUAUUUCACCAUGUGUUAACAUCAACUUCCUAUAUCUGAAAUGGCCGUCGUGUUGCUAUCAUUUUCAGCUAUAAUCAUGAACUAUUCUCGUCAGCUAGUACAAGUCAUCAAGAUCAUUGCUCACCGGAAUGAUGACAUCUACCCGAACGAUAACAUCUUGCUGGAAUGAUUACAUAAAUCAGAACAGUUACAUCUGUGUGAAAUGAUUACAUCUGUUAUACAUUGGAAAUGUGUUUUAGAGUCAGUCAUAUGUAAUAAAUUCACAUUUUGAACUUUCUGUGUUUACACAUGCAAAACUUUCCUGUGGUAUUCUUUAAGAUUGACAGAAGUUUACUUGUAAUAUUACAUGUGGUGGCACAGAAAGUGAAUUAUUUAGAAUGGAAAAUGUGCAAGUUUUGUUUAUAUGUUACUAAAUUAUAUAAGACAAACCAGUGUAUUUAUACUUGUAUUGGAGAGAAAAAAAAUCAUAUAAAAAAAUUGAAACCUUUGUUAACUUUCUUUGCUGUUAAUGAUAAUUUUUAAUUUUAUUCAAAUAUCCAAAUGAAUUGUUAAAGGUGAUCAAGAAUAGUUAAGUUUGACAUGUUUUAAGUUAUUUGUUGUUUUUUUUACCUCAAAUAUGUGAUAAUAAUUGUGCUGAAAAUACAGAAAAUUGUGCUGAAAAUAUAUGAAAUUGUGCUGAGAUGCAGAAAAAUCUGGAUGUUAUUUAUGAAAUAGGGAAUGUUGAUGAUACAUUAAGAUUUGAAAAACUUAAUUGGAAAAACUUCAGAUGUUAAGAUGAUGUUAAGAUUUGGGAAAAAUAGGGAAAACUUCAGAUGAUGUGAAGGUAGAGAAAACUUCAGGUUAUGUUAAAUUUGGGAAAAUGUCAGAUGUUAAGAUUGGGAUGAUGUUACAAUGGGGGAAACUUCAAAUGAUACUAAGAUGGGAAAAACUUAAGGGGAUUUUAAGAUAGGAAAAACUUCAGGGAAUGUUAAGAUAGGAAAAACUUCAGGGGAUGUUAAGAUAGGAAAGACUUAAAGAAGAAACGUAUGACAAGUCAUGUUUAUUUUUAAUGGUACACCGUUAGGUUAUAUCACCCGUGUUGUAGCAGCCAGGAAGUAGUGCUAAAUGCUGCAAAAUCAGUAAUAUUCAUGGGCACUAAUUUUUGUGGGUUUCAUGGUUUUAUUUAUUGACAAAAUUAAAUCCAAAACAAAGAAAGUAAUGAUUCAUUUACUUCAAAGUUGGAUUCAUAGUUUAAUACUUUAUAUCAGAAAUAGAUAUUAUGGAAGAAUUCACUUGGGUCAAUGUCAUCAAAUUAUUUGAUGGGAUAAAAUAACCUUUGUUGUGCUAAAUAAAUAAAAACAUGUUUUUGUGAUGUAUUGUUUCUGAAAUGAAUUCAACAGUUUAGGGAAAAAACUUUUGUAAGAGAAGACAACAGGUGUGCUGUAUAUAGAUAAACCUUUAUGUAACAUAUAGAUAGACCUAUACAUAUGUCAUAAUACUUAAUUUACUUGAUUAAAGAAUUCUGUUGAUAGUAUUCAGGGUAGUGGACCCAUAAUGACAAACAGAAAUUUCCAUUCGUUUAUGUAUUUCCUGUGUUCUGAUUUCGGCACAGUGAGGUAUGAACAGAAGGCUAGACCUGUGCUAGUAUAAGCUACAUUGCCGUCAGUAAAAUGCGGAAAUGCUAUACAAAACUACUUAAUCACAUGGAAAUUUCCAGCUGCCAUUAGAGGUCUAUCACCUUAAUGUGUAACAAUGUCAUAUGUCAUAUAAGGUAGAAACGUUCAACACAUAAUAAUGUGUUUGAUUUCUCGGAAGAAAGAUGAUAAAUCGAUUUCAAGUUCAGGUGUACAAUUGUUCUUCAUGACAAUUUGACCAACAAAGGUCUGAAAUGUUUAUAUAUGUUCCCAAUAGAUACCGGAUUGGAAUGAAACCUGUCACUCUUGUGUUACUGACUUGCUUUUAUAUUUUUGUUGUAAAAUAGUGUUCUUUAAAAUGUUGUUUUUUUGGGUGUUUUUUUUUCUUUCUUUUUUUUUUGAUAAUUUGAUAUGAUGCAAUAUCUUUGUAGAAUUUGAUCUCAUUUUUAUGUUAUUUCAUUCUGUAAAAUUGUUUCAUAAAGUGACAUGCAUUUUUUACACUACGUUUUAUUAAAUUGUUUAUUCAUACAUUAAUUUUAAGACUUUCUCUCAGCCUUUUUUCAUAAUUUUUGUACAUAAAACUUCUGUUACUUUUUAUAGUGAAAAAGCUAAUUGGAUAAUUUAAACAUUAGUAAGUGUGAAGAAGCUAGUCAGUUUUGUUGCGUGUUUGGUGUGAAGUUAAGAAUCUCUACAGUCUUUCUGUUAAUUGAGAAUGGCCAUUAGCUCUCAGCUUGGACCUACAUGGCUGAGAAGUUAACUCUUAGCCUGCUGCAGGCGAAUUUAACAGCCUUUGCAAACAGCUUGGAACCAGAUCAGACGCCGAUUAAAUCGGCGUCUGAUCAGGUUCCAAGCUGUUUGCUACUCUGACAGUAUUUCUUCCAAUUUUGGAGCAAAUUGAAUGAACUUUACAAUUUUAGCAGACGACAUUUCCAGCAGACGACAAUUUAUCUAGCAUGCUAAAGGUUAAUGUUGCUGACUUUUAAUAACUUUUCCCUCACUGCUAUGUGUUUGAAACCUGGCUUGUGGGUCUACAGUUAUUUCAGGUUUGUGGUUCUACCUAAAUUUGUGCCCAUAUUUGCAGUAAUGCCCAGGUGUUUCUGUUCCUUCUAAAGCUGGGAAGUCACUGUAAUUGUGUUGGUGUGAAUCCCAGUAGUUAUCCGUGUACUUUAGUUUCUUGAAAGCUGUUAUAAAUCCCAAAUAACAUUUUUGAUGAGCAAAACCAUGUACAGUUACUUGUUCUUAUCUGGUGCUUACAAUAUAGUAUAUGCUACAAGAUUAUAGAUCCUACCUGGAAUUGAUUGAAGUGGAUAAGGAGACUGGAAGUUACAGGUCUGCUAGAAUUGAUGUUUGCUAUUUGUAUGUUAUUGAUGUGUUAGUAAUACACCAAUACCAAGUUUGAUUAACCCUUAGCCUGCUAAAUUUCUAAAAUGGACUGGUCCAUCAUUUAAUUUGGACAAUACCAUUUAUUAUUCGAAGGGGUGUUAGUGGAAAAUUUACUGACUGGAUAGCGAACAGUGCAGACUAUGAUAAGCCUGCGUGGGUGUGCAGGCUGAUCUUGGUCUGCACUGGUCGCAAAGGCAGAAUCACUUGGCGCCAGCAGGCUAAAGGUUAAGGAAAAUAAGUUAAACCUCACACCUGUUGUCUCAAUGUGGAUAGAUUAUUUCAAGAGAUAAAUAUUUCUGUCUAUAAAUAUGUCUGUUUUUAAGUUUUCUCCAUACAUUCCCUGAACAGUUAACAUUGUUUCAUGAUUUACUGUAUGCGAUCAUUCUGUCAUUUCUUGUACAUAAUUAUUCCAUGUCAUUAUCGUGUUUAAUUUUUUUAAAAUUGAGUUUUACAUUAUUUGAAUUAUUUGCAUGCAUGUAUAUUUUAAAUUUUUUAUGAUAACUAUGUAAAUAUUGGUUGAAUUGUGAGAUGGUACUGGUUAUUACACAAUAUGUACAGCCAUGUUCGUAAAUACGGGUACGCUUGACAGAUUCAAAAGAUAGUUGAAAAUGUUGAUCACUAUAUCAUGUUGUAAAUAACAUCUUUUUGAUUAUUUUCUUGAUUAUUGAUAUAAAGUUGCCAUUUAUUUUAUCCUUUUAUCAUUUAUACACUGUGACUCUAUAUCUUCACCAGACAGUGCUUGUGGGGACAACAUUGAAAUUUCUGUGUCCAGUCUAUGUGUUGGGGCAAACUGUUUGACUUUAAUAUAAAUUUUGAUUGGUAAUUUUGUGGAGCAUGGCUAGUUUUAAAUUAAAAUUCACUUCAAUGCUUCUAAAGUUCAUUCAUGCCAUGGAUUUGUGUGAAUUUUCAUUUCAGCAUGUGCAUAGUAUGCCCCAGGCCAGGAAAAAGGAAAUAUCACUCUUUGACACAUACAUGUCUUUUCUGACUCAUUAAAAUUGAUAUUGCAUAGUGAUAUUGCAUGUCCUUGUAUAUGUUAUGUUAAUUACCUAAGUCGCCAAAAUUGUAAUUUGUUCAAUGUCAGCAAAUAGUCAACAUAAGUUAUCCAGUUCUGUAAUUAUUAUUUCUAAUGUUAAUAAUGGAACACUUCCUUUUAUGCACAAGAUUAAGUUGCCAAGUAAUACUUAUCUGUUGAAACAAAUACUAAAUUUGAAAUUAUUGAACUAGAUGAAUACAGGAAUGUUGUACUGGCCAGAGGCUCCCACAACUUGUUGAAUAAAUUCUGUACUGAAAAUUGCUGGUAUGGUGUGUCAUUUAUAUAAACAGUGGAUAGAACUUGAUCAGAGUUCCACUAAAACUUCAUAUAAUCAGAAUACAACCUUAGCAGUCAUCUGUAUUGAGCAGCCAUUUUCUUUAAACAGCCAUCUAGCUUUCUUCCCAAAUUUACUCUAUUUCUGGCGCCAUAUAACCUAUACUGUGUUGGUGCGCCGUAAAGCCCAAAUAAAUAAAUAAAUAUUUCUAAUACCAACUUUCCUUUAGCAGCCACCUGCCUUUAGCAGCCAGUUUGUAUCAUUCCCUUGAAUGACUGUUUAAUACAGGUUUAACUGUAUGUAGCAAAAUGUAGAUAUCUUGCUUAAAAUGAUAAAUAACUAUCGAAUUACUGUUUCAAGUGUGUUCUGGAAAUGCAAAAGAAAUAUUGAUCAUGGUAAUGUUUAUUAAAACAAGCACUGUGUUGGAGGUAUAAAUCACACUCAUUUAUAGACCUAGUACCAGUAAGUUUCAUUUUAUUGUGAAUCUUUCACCAUAAAGUGAUAACAAUAUAUAUGUUAUAUGUUAUAUAUAUAUUUGAAAAAUUCGAGCAAGUUUGAAUAUUUCUCAGCAGCAUUUUAUUGACAGUGAAAAUAUUGUACCAGAACAGCCUUAGUCUGACCAUUCCUACUGAUGUCAGUAAUCUUCUUAUGAGUCUGUACAAUUUACUGUAAAGCAUCAGUCUGGUUACAUGCUAAAAUUACUCUUAAAUUAAAUACAUUGUGGCUUUUUUUUGCUAAAAUCUUCAAGCUGUUUGCUGAUUAGAAUGUUUUGACACAUAUGCUUAAUUUUCAAGGCUAGCACUAUCAAUACUGGAACGCUCAUUAAGGCCAACACCAUCAAUAUUAGAGCUCACGUUUAGACUAACCCCAACACCAUCAGUAGUAUAGCUCUCCCUUAGGCUAACACCAUCAAUACUAGAACUCAUCUUUAGGCUUACACCAUCAGUAUUAGAGCUCUAAUUUAGGCUUACACCAUCAAUAUUAGGGGGCCUCCAUGACCGAGUGGUUAAGGUCGCUGACUUCAAAUCACUUGCCCCUGUUCGAUGUGGGUUCGAGCCUCACUCGGGGCGUUAAAUUCUUCAUGUGAGGAAGCCAUCCAGCUGGCUUACGGAAGGUCGGUGGUUCUAUCCAGGUACCCGCUCGUGAUGAAAUAAUGCACGGAGGGGCACCUGGGGUCUUCCUCCACCAACAAAGCUUGAAAGUUGCCAUAUGACAUACAAUUGUAUCGGUGCGACGUUAAACCCCCCCCCCCCCCCCCCCCAAAAAAAACGCCAUCAGUAUUAGAGCUCUCAUUUUAACUAACACCAUCAAUACUAUGCUCUCCCUUAGGCUAACACCAUCAAUACUAGAACUCUCCUUUAAGCUUACACCAUCAGUAUUAGAGCUCUCAUUUAGGCUUACGCCAUCAAUACUAGAGCUCUCCUUUAGGCUGACACCAUUAGUAUUAAAACUCUCCUGUAAGCUUACAUCAUCAGUACUAGAACUUGCCUUUAGGCUAACACCACCAGUGUUUGAGCUUUCCUUUAGUCUAACAUCGUCAGUGUUAGAGCUGUCUUUUAGGCUAACACCAUCAAUACUAGAGCUCUCCUUUUGGCUAACACCAUCAGUACUAGAGCUCUCCUUUAGGCUUACACCAUCACUACUAGAAAUUGCCUUUAGGCUGACACCAUCAAUAUUACAUAACACCAUCAAUAGUAGAGCUCUCCUUUAGGCUGACACUUCACAUCAUUAUAAGAGCUGUCCUCUAUGUUUCUUCCAUCAAUAAAUGAACUGUCCUUGUGGCUGCAACCGUCAAUACAAGAGCUUUCUUUUAGGCUCACAUCAGCACCUUCAGAGUUUCACAUAGGUUCAUGUGAUCUUUACCUUAGAUAUUUACUUUAUUACAGGAGCUCGUGUGUAAGAUUGAAUUCUGCUUUGCUAAAGCUUGCAAGAGCUCUACCGUACAAGUUCUGUAUCUGUAACAUUAAGUGAAAUUUCAACUUGUUGUCCUUUUCAUGUAUUCUAUAACAUUUCAAACUGAAAAGUUGAGAUCUGCCAAGGGUUUGACAUCCAGUUUUUAAAAGAGUCUACCAAAAUUAAGGAAUUGCACGUAGCAAAAUUUUGUUUUAUUGAUUGUAUAAAUGUUUUGAAAUUAAAAUGUAUUAUAAUUUUUAGUUCGACUAUACGAAGUAUAAGGAGAGGUAUCCUACUCGACCUGGCGUUGGUGUCUGCGUCUUUCCGCGUCCCCACCUUGGUUAAAGUUUUUUUUACACUUUCUCUUUUUUCUUCUUAUCUCUGUAAUUACUUGAUGGAUUUGAUUCAAACUCAAAAUAGUUAUUCCUCAUCAUCACCCACAUCAUCUGACAUAAGGGCCAUAACUCCAAUAUUUCAUGAUUUAUCCCCCCUUUUCACUUAGAUUUUCAGGUUAAAGUUUUGCACUUUCACUCUAUCUAUGUUAUUACUGAAUCGAUUUGAUUCCUACUUAAAGUUGUUGUUCAACAUCAUCACCCGCAUCAUAAUUAUGACACAAGGUGCAUAACUCUUGCACCAUUAUUUUAUGAAUUAUGUCCCCUUUGUGCUUAGAAUUAUACUUAUAUAGUGUUUUGGUACACUUUAUCUUUACCUCUCUUAUUAGUUAAUAUUUUUGACACAGACUCAAGCUGCAAUAUCUUCAUCCACCAUUGGAGUCAUUAAACACUCCAGUGACAGCUCCAGUUUCCUCAGAAGUGCCCAGUUUCACUAUCCAGCAUUGAAAUAGUCAAGUGCGCUGUCUCCUGUGACAGCUCUUGUUUUCUAUUCAAUUGAUACAUACAAUGUUCUCCUUUGAAAUUUUGGCUGUAUGUUGUAAUCUUAGCCCUUUUUAUAUAAAAGUUCUUUUCAUCAUAAAAUGAUCUGAAUAAUGUAUUAUAAAGUACAUGCCAGUCUUAAUUCUGGCAUCUAAUUUGUUGAAUUUGAGCUCAGUCUGAAGUUAACCAAUGACGAAGUUGAUUUAUUAGACUGGACUCCAAACUUACUUUCAUAAUCGUUUACCCUGUAUUAUUAUUUAGACUGAUUUAAGUUUGUUCAUAUUGACAAGAGAGUACCCAAACAGCUGUGGUAGUGAUGAUGCUUGCUUCAGUUUUUACACAAACUAAAAGCUCUAAAUGUAGAAUGUUUGCUGGCACAUACUGAUUGACAAUGUAGAAUUAUUAAUUCCGCAGAUUAUUUGAUUUGCACGACCAACUAUCUGACUGGGAACUGUGCACUAACUGAUUAAAUGGUUGUGUGUCUUUACAUAGAGUAGAACUUUCUUCUAAAAUUAUUUGAAAGAUUUCUUUUACACAGGUUCUUAAAUUAAAGUAUUAUUAAAGUAGAAUUUAUAAAUUGAUCAAGAUUUUCCUGUUAUCUGAUUGAUUUUUAGUGAUACAUUAGUUGCAAAAAUGUACUUUGUGUUAAACCAUUUUGAUUGAAAGUCGAGAAUUUAAGAAAGUCUUAGAACAAAUAAUGUUGGAGACAAAAUUUAAAAAUCAGAAUUUCAAAGAAACCCUCCCAUAGAUGUCUUUUUUUCUUAGAAUUUUUAGAUUGCAUUUUUAUAUGAAAACACUUCACUGCGUUUAAAUUGAAAUGCAAUAAACUAAAAGCAACAUUGCAAACUUUAAACAGUAAGAUUACUGAUAGCAAUAGCAGUUAGGACUAGAGUUCCCAGUUAGGAAGUUGGACACACUUGAAAACUUGUAUUCAUGUACAAAUUUACCCUGUGUCUUUCAGAAUGGUGGAUCAGUGAACAUUUUUAUACAUAAACUUUUGUUUGAAACAUUUAAUAAUAUAAGCUUACUGUAGUAUCAAUUGUUGUGUUCUAGUUGUGACUAGCUUUGUGCUGGUCAACAGAUUUCACAUUGUUAACAAGUAACACAGUAUCUGCUGAAUUACCUUGUAUAGUAAUUGAAGUCUGAAACAAACAUAUAGAAUUAGACCAAAGUAAAUAUACAAUUUUAAAGUGAUAAGCUGCAUGCUAUUGUGAGUUUUGAUUUUAUUAGAAGUGUUUUAUUUGAAACUAGAAAACAAAGUGUCAGGCUAAAUGUCAACAUAGUUAAAACUUUGAGUUCUAUUCAACUACCACAGGGAAUUUGAUCUCUCUGAACAUAAAGAAAAAACAUCCCCAUUUGGAAGCCAAGAAAAGUAAAAAUAAAAUGUCCAGUUAAUUGUAAUGUGUAUAUAUAAACUUAACUGGAAAGGUAUUAUUUUGAUGUUGCAACAGUAUCAGUGUUAAAGUAAAUUAAGCGGAGAAAAGAAUAUACGAUAAAAAGACAAUAUAGUUGCAGUAAAACAGUAUUUUGAAAUCCUGGCAGUUUGAAUUGUAUGUCCAGAUUUCUACUCUUGUUAUAUAGAUCAGACUGUUGUAUGUAUUCUGUAAAAAAAAAUAUCAUGGUUAAUAUAAGUAAUUCUGUUGUAUAUCACUAAUUAAGGUAUAAAACAAAGACAAUUUUAUGUAGAUUUUAUGCAAAUUAAGUCAGAUUGUAUGGUUAAACUUGUAUAUAUAUAUAUGAUCAAUUUUCUCUGUGAUUUCUGUGGUUCACAAUGUGAUACUUUCCCUUGUAAAAACACUAUUUUUGAUAUAUUUUGAAGAAAAAGAUAACCUUUGAAAUACACAACUCGACAAUAAAAAUAAUUGAACUUGUA